AUGGCUCAAACAGAACAGAAAGAUCAAGACUUGGGCGCACCUCAAUUUGCCUAUCAUGCCGUCGUCGAACCAAUCUUUAUCGUCGGUGUCAUGGUAGCAUCUUGCUACUUCAAUCGCCUACGCAACUUCUCAAUCAUCCCUUCGUCGAAGCAAGAUCAGGGACUGUUGGGUCAAUCGAAACUCGAGCCAUGGGAUGAAGACGAUGUCCACGACGAAACGGAGCGUGCCAACCUCGCCGCUGCCUCCUCGCCGACCUCGUCUCUGACAGAAGUCAACCCUCCCAAGCAGCGCAGCUGCUGCGGCGCCGCCAUCCGCACGCCCAACUCAUCCCGCUACGCAAAGUACUGGCAUUCACGAUUUAUACAAAAGUUUCCUUUCCUUGUCGAGAUGUUCUACUGGGCUGUCAACUUGGUCUUCUACGUCGGUGUCAAGAAUGCGAGCGAGCUUGUCGCCGCGACCGACGGUGUUUGGGAGACGGCUGAGAACCAUGGAAAGGCGGUGUUGUGGUUUGAGCAUGAGGGGCCCUUCAGCUGGAUGUUCCCCCUGCGUGAGAUCGAUGUGCAGUCAUUCUUCAGAAAUGACCACCAGACGAUGCUGACCAUUCUCAACCGCGCUUACUCCCUUAUUCAUAUCCCCGUUACAGUCAGCUUCCUCGCAUGGUACUACUACGCCGCACCGACACAUGCCCAAUUUGCCGAAGCUCGUCGCAUGAUGACUUUAACCAACCUUUUCAGCUUCGUCGUCUUCACCAUGUACCCAUGCAUGCCACCUCGCCUUCUACCCGAAGAGUAUGGCUUCUUCGAUACUGUCCGUCGCGAGGACGCCGAGUCCAUUUACGCCACCAACAAGUUCUUUAAUCAGCUGGCUGCUUUCCCAUCGCUGCAUUUUGGCUACUCGUUCUGUAUUGGUACUGUGCUCCUGUAUCACUCUGGUCUGUUUCGCCGCCGUCUCGCACCCCGCGAGAAGCGUCUCAGCAAGAUGUGGCAGGUGUUUUUCGUGGCUCUCAGUAUUUUGUACCCUGCCUUUGUUCUGACUAUUAUUGUCGCCACGGCGAACCACUACUGGCUUGAUGCUAUGGCCGCUACAUUUGUUGUUUUGGCUGCGUGGUUGUCCAACCGUAUCUUGUUAGGACUACUGCCCUUGGAGGAUCUCUUCCUCUAUUGUGUCAAGCUGGAGAAGCCAUUCCCAACCACCGGAAACAGAGGAGGCAAGUAA